AUGGGCAAGUUAAACUCUGCCCAGUUGAGAGAUCCAUCAUCCCUUGUGCUCCACAAAACCCUAUAUACAAAUAUCAAAAUUUCACUUCGCAGCGUUAUUAAGACAUUCAUUCUCUGUUUUUACCUCUCUGCACUGCACUUUUUUGUUUCUUUCUUCAGGGAAUUGAAAAUUUAAAUUAGGACGAAGAAUAAGCAAACACGCACACGCCCAAAUGAAAACAUGGAUUACUCUACAUGCAUUUAAGAGGCGGCUCGAAAAAAGACACAUCAGAUGGAGAUGGGAAACUUACAGGAAAGACCAAGAGCGCUGCGACUAUGAGGAUUUUGUGUGUGCCACUCUAGAUUGGUGGCCUUCUGAUAAAUGCGACUAUGGAACCUGUAGUUGGGGCAAUGCUUCUCUUCUCAAUCUGGAUCUUAACAACAGAAUUUUGUUAAAUGCCAUUAAAGCUUUCUCUCCCUUGAAAAUUCGAAUGGGUGGCACCUUACAAGACAAGGUCAUUUACCAAACAAAGGGUGAUCAGCAACAUUGUACUGAAUUUGUAAAGAACAGCUCUGAGAUGUUUGGUUUCUCCCAAGGUUGCUUGCCGAUGUAUCGUUGGGACGAACUAAACAUUUUCUUCAAAAAGGCUGGGGCUGUUGUUACUUUUGGAUUGAAUGCACUUAGUGGGAGGACCAUAGGUUCUGAUGGUUCAGCAAUAGGAGCCUGGAAUUCUAGCAAUGCUGAAUCUCUCCUACAAUAUACUGUCAACAAGGGCUAUAUUAUUCACGGUUGGGAGCUUGGAAACGAACUCAGCGGAAAUGGGAUUGGAACAAGAAUUGCAGCAAACGAAUAUGCAUCCGACAUGGCAUCUCUCCAAAACAUAGUGGAAAAAAUCUACAGUGGUUUCAAAGUUAAGCCACUAGUCCUUGCACCAGGAGGAUUCUUCGAUGCAAAUUGGUUUGCAGAAUUUGUGGAUAAAACACCAAAAACUCUCCAAGUAGUCACUCACCACAUUUACAAUCUUGGUCCAGGUGUGGAUGAUCACCUUAUUGAGAAAAUCCUCAAUCCAUCUUACCUCGACAUAGGAUCCCAGCCAUUCAGCAGCCUCCAAAGUAUCCUAAAGAAUUCUGCAACUUCAGCAAUUGCGUGGGUUGGAGAGGCCGGAGGAGCAUAUAACAGUGGCCAUAAUCUGGUCACUAAUGCAUUUGCAUUUAGUUUCUGCGCUCUUCUUUGGCACCGCUUAAUGGGGACAAAUGUUCUAUCAAAAAGCAUCAACAGGACAAAGAAAAUGCGUGCUUACGCUCAUUGUUCGAAAGUAUCAAAAGGAAUCACAUUGCUUUUGAUCAACCUAGAUGGAAACGCUGCCACUCAAGUUCGAGUUCAUGUUGCAAAUGAAAACAUUUCUCUCAAUGAGACAUCCAUUGUGCAACAUAAAAAUCAAACAGGGAGAAGGGCGCCAAUUUAUUCUAAAAUUGGAGGAUAUGCAAGAGAAGAAUACCAUUUGACUGCUAAGGAUGGAGAUUUGCAGAGCCAAACAGUGCUUCUCAAUGGGAGAAUACUUGCACUGAAUUCAUCUGAGAUGAUCCCUCCCUUGGAACCCAUAAGUGUAAAUCCAUCGGAUCCAAUAGUGGUUGCCCCGUUUUCUAUUGUAUUUGCUCACAUUCCGUAUACUAUAGUCCCUGCCUGUAUAUGAAUUUUGAGUAGAUAGAGAAAUGGAUUGAUUCUGUUCGUAAAUCUAAACUAAUAAAACUUGUAAUGACAGUGCACAGGCUGUUUUCUCUGA